AUGCAAAACAGCCCGCGAGGACCUGGUCUUGGCCAGUCAGGUGGUUCUCAUACCAACGGCCUUGAGGACCACCUGCGAAACCUGAUCCUCACCAACGGAACCCCGGGAACCGGCCCAACUCACUUCCCUAAUGCCCCGCGAACGACUGCGCCUCCCUCUAGCGAUGGCCCUGUCAAUGAUCCUGUUGUCUUUCAUCCUGAAGAUCCGUCUAGCCUCGCGGCUACCUUGAACGGAAAACCUGCCUCGCCCAAGGUUGCUAGAAAGCGCCCAAACCAGGCCCAGAGGCGCCAGAUGAAUGCUCAGUUGGCCAUUCCCAUCGACCCUCGCCCGCCACCACCCACUCAACAUGUACGUCCAUUCUCGGUAUCUCCUAACUACCCGUCCCAUAAUCCUGGAUUCUACAACACCAGAGGGAGACACCCCCAUCAUCACCCAGACCCCCAUCAUGGACCCGGGCAGACGGGAGGCCCCUACGGCGGUGAUCAACCUCGUUCGCCCAGACAAAAUGGAUAUCACCAGCCUGCAAAUCAAGAAGCAUAUAGAAGUCAUCAAGAUCAGCACCUUAGUGGCCGUCAAGACAAUGGGGCGCCACGCUAUUCACGAAACUUCCAUGGGACGCUAUAUAGUCCCCGCGGUCAACACCACCAAGCUCGGCCCGAGGAGUUAGAGAACCAGGUCGCCUACCUAGAGGGACUUUGCGGCACGCUUGUUGCGGGCGCCGAGAUUGAACGAGGGGAAAUUGCCGAGAAGGAAGCUUUCCGUGUCAAGAUUGAACAGGUUUGUCGGGCCGCAAUCACCGAGUAUGAGGUGACUCAAAAUGGCUUGGGCAACUUCCCUUCGCCCUCUGUCCAACUGAAAUGCUUUGGCAGUCUUUCUUCUGGUUUCGCGACGAAAGCAUCAGACAUGGAUCUCGGUCUGGUUUCUCCACUUUCACAGCCCCAACCGGAUGCCGCCAGCUCUCCGAUUCCCAGACUUAUUGAGAAGGCGUUUCUUGACCUCGGUCUUGGUGCUCGCCUCCUCACUCGAACACGGGUGCCUAUAAUCAAGCUUUGCGAAAGGCCCCCCGAGAAGUUGCAGUUGGAUCUGCUAGAUGAGCGCGAAAAGUGGGAGAAGGGUAUCGUCGACACUGAGCACGCGGACGUUGCAGACGAGGACGAGAACGUUGAAAUGGAAUCCCACGUCAAAGAGGGAACCGACGAGUCGACAGAUGAUCCAGCUAGUCAGAAAGCGGAUGCUUUCUCUCUUACUGCUGCGUCUACGAACGAGCCUAGGCUGCCGACGAUCCGCCAAUCCGAUAGCCAAUCCCUAUCUGCUUAUUACAACGUUGCGAAAAGGGCAUUGAGAAAGAUAGGAGGCCGAGACAUCACGCUUUCGAAUUGCAGGGAGCUUGCAGAAGAGGACUACGCCAUACUUAACAAAGUCUGUGAAAGCUUCUUCAACGGCCUUCGCGACCCAGAACUGAAACAAAGGCUCUCAAACUACCUCUCUCUGUCUUUCAAACCACUUCCGAAUGCCCCAAACUACCGUUCUCUGGCGGGUGUCUAUGCGCAGAUGGAGGGUGAAAGAAUUGUCAUGCUUUGCGAAUCAGACGGCGCCAUUGAAAGCGCUGAAGAUGCCGAGGAGUCGACACGGGUUUUGAUCGCAUCCUGGAAAGCUCUUCAAAACCAGCCUCACUUCGGCGUUGAGCCCCUUACGUACACGAAGCAACUACAGCUACACCUCGAGAAGCUCAAGAAGCUUCCAACUGCGCAGUUGCUCACCCUUGAACAGAGCCAACAUGAAGCCGCUACUGGGUACCAAGCGAGAACUCUGAAAAUCCUAUCAAACCUCCGGCCCCGUAACGACAGUGACGCAGACCUGGCAAGACGAAUCAUCAUUGACAGAUACACCGCGGGCAUCUGGCCCAGCUCCGUCCGCGGCCAGGUCCGCGAGUUCGUUGACAACACCAAUGGAUCACUCAGUCUCGUCGCUGUCGCACGCCGUCACAAGAGCCUCCAGCUUGCCCUUGAAUUGGAGAAGGCUGUGGAACAUCAACUGUACGAUCCAAGUCUCGAGAGUGACAUAAGAGAAUACAUUUCGAUUCUCCGGGGUCCCAUGAUGCACAGCAACGUCCAAGAUCCGCACUACGACUAUGUCAUUCCUGUCACGAAGCAGAACAUAGACACCAUUAAGCGCAUGCGAGACCUUAAGGACCCCGCCAAGAUGGCCGUCAACCAGCCCCGCGACCCCUACAAGGACAAGCUCGAAUUUCCCAAGAACGGUGUUGGUGUCCAGUGCGAUAUCAACUUCGCCGCCCACCUCGCCCUGCACAAUACUCUCCUACUACGUUGCUAUUCCCACACUGACCCCCGCGUUCGGCCUCUGGUCCUGUUUGUCAAGCAUUGGGCCAAAGUCCGUGGCAUCAACACGCCCUACCGCGGCACACUCAGUAGUUAUGGCUACGUCCUGAUGAUGCUACACUACCUUGUCAACGUCGUCCAGCCUUUUGUCUGCCCGAACCUCCAAGCUCUCGGGCCGCCGCCGCCGCCUGAAGGAUUGUCGCCCACCGAGCUCGACGAGAGCAUCAUGUGUCGGGGCCACUUCGUCGGCUUCUGGCGCGACGAGGCUGAGAUCUUGCGUCUCGCCCAAAUGAACCAGCUCAAUAGUAACCACGACUCUCUCGGCCAACUUCUCCGGGGCUUCUUCGAGUACUACGCACAGAAUGGCUCGAUGAGCACGUACCCAGGCCGAGGCUACGACUGGGGCCGUGACGUCCUCAGCAUCCGCACCCCCGGCGGCCUUCUCUCCAAGGCUGACAAGGGCUGGACUGGCGCCAAGACUGUUGUCGAGUAUCGCCCCAACGCUGCCGUCAACUCUCCCAGCGUUGAGGCCCCUCCCGUGCCGCACGUAGCUCUGAAGCCGCCCGUCAACCCGCUCACCCCGACCGCAACCACCGACGGCGCCAUCACGCAGGAGGUCUUGUCGCCUAGUCUCAGCAAGGCCGUCACAAUCGCGACAGCGGCGAACAAGAAUGGCGAAGUCAAGGAGGUGCGCCACCGCUACCUCUUCGCCAUUGAGGACCCAUUCGAGCUCGACCACAACGUCGCCCGCACGGUCACACAUAACGGCAUUGUCGCCAUCCGCGACGAGUUCCGCCGCGCGUGGCGCAUCAUCAAGGCUGCGGGCACGGGCAACUACCACGAGGAUCUGCUCCAAGACGUCGCCGCCAUCAAAGAGGAGGGCGAGAAAAGCACUUAUCUGCAGCUAUUGGACGAGAUUCACGGAUGGGAAUUGUUCCAAUAG